AGUAUCUGUUUUGUUCACUCCUCUUGUUUUCCGUGGAACCUUCUCUGUUUCAUGAAGGUCCUCUGCAAUCCUGCAUCAUUGGCUGUGGGCUUUUCUUCAGCCACACGCUCAUAUUCAAAUAAAUAUAUUUUCCAUCCGCUUUCGUCUGCUCGCAGCUCAUCAGGACGCUAAACCGAGUCAGACCAAAAGGACACGAAGCAUCAGCUCUUUCGAUUUUCAUUUCAAAUAAAUGUCAACCCUCCGAGCCUAGGCUUAGACAGCACGAUCGGUGUCGUUAAUCAUAAAUCACCAACAGUACAGGUAUACUGCCGAGGGAAACCAUCUCUACCACCAGAGAGAAGGACAAUUCCAGAAAAGGAGCUCAUUUGCUUUCUCUUUGAUUUUUCUUAACGCUGGACAUCUACAGAGACACCAUCAUGUCCGGCUCUACCUUCAUCGAUCAAGAGUCUGACAUUGACGAAAAGUCUACACAGCUUUCGCAACUCAUAGAAUCUGUGGAGGAGGGGAGAGAAAAAGAAGACAUAAAAGACGAUGACGACGACGACGACGACGACGACGACGACGAAGAAAAAAGACGCAAUGACCCUUCGCUCCUAAAGUCAGACAAACUAACUCUCUUGAAUUCUCAUCGUCGGGAGUGCCGAAAGUACCUUUCCACCCUUACCCCGCCCGCGAAAGACAGCCACCCAUGCCAUAUCCGAGAUUUUGUUUUCACUUUUCUGCUGAGCGAGCAAGGCCUGGAGAUCGAAGACGCAACACGGAUGGCGAACCGACCUUUUUUGCACAUUCUUUCGCUGAGAGACGGCUCUCGCGAGUCCUUCAAGGACGUAUUUGGGCCUGACCCCAUAGCCGCAUUUUUCUAUCUUUCUAUCCAACACCACUUUAGAUCAUACGAUGAGAACCUUUUACUUAACGGGGAGCAUCGCAAAAUGGCAAUAAUUUUGGCCGCCCCGCUUCUUCUCCUAUGCAUGCUUGUUCGCUACAGGGACAAUGAGUUCCCUAAAAUUGCAGUGUACAUUGGUUCAGCCAUUCUGUAUGCUUUUGUGGUGUGUCUACAGGCCAUCGUGCAGAAGAAUAGGCUAGAGCAACUCAUCCGUGUAGCGCGAUUGGAAGAGGAGUAUUCCAACCAGACUCUGCCAUAUCAGGUUUAUAGGAUGAGUUGGUGGGAAUAUGUCAACCGCUCAUUUUCGUAUCUUUAGAAGAUUGUUUUCUCUUCGACUGUUCGACAUGCCGCUUCCCAUGGUAUUUUAGGUUCUCAAUUUGGCGUACCAUAUUCCCUUUUAAAACCUUGCUUACUUGCAUACUGCUGGAUGGUUCAUCGUUCACCGUUCACCGUUCACCGCUCAUCCGACCUUGAUGGAAUGGAUAAACUAAACCGCUAGGCUGCUCGAGAAUUUCUACGUUUCGUGAUGCAUGUACGUUGUCCUUGAUACCAUGUUUUUAAAACGCGCAACAC